AUGGCACCAUACCUAGGUGAGCUGCUUAGCAAUUCCUGCGCGGACCAUAUCGGUGCCACUCCCCUUGUUCGCUUAAACCGUCUUCCUACCUCUUUUAAGAUCAGAGCGAGAAUAUGUGCGAAACUCGAGUUUUUCAACGCCGCUGGAUCAGUCAAAGACCGUAUUGCAAAGAGCAUGGUGGAGCAGGCCGAGCUAGAUGGACAGAUAAAGCCUGGAGAUACCCUGAUUGAAGCAUCUAGCGGAAAUACAGGUAUAGCAAUAGCUCUCAUGGCAGCGAUCAAAGGCUAUAAAUGCAUCAUUGUCCUGUCUGAAAAGAUGUCACUUGAGAAAGAGCAAAUUUUGCGGGCUUUAGGCGCCAGCGUCGUGAGGACACCCGCUGGUGUACCAAUCAAAUCUCCCGAUUCCAUUCUCUGUGUUGCCAGACGCCUGAAGGAGGAGAUACCGAACUCAUGGAUUCUAGAUCAAUACAAUAACCCUGAGAACCCGCGCGCCCACGAGUACGGAACAGCAGAGGAGAUCUGGCAUCAAACAGAGGGGAGAGUGGACAUUUUAAUAGCGGGAGCUGGAACGGGAGGGACAGUCACGGGGUUGGCAAGGGGUCUGAAGAAAAAGGGUCGAAAUGUCUCUGUUGUCGGCGUGGACCCCAUCGGAUCGAUCCUUGCACAUCCAGAAGAGUUGAACGAAGAAAGGAGCGAGUAUAAAGUUGAAGGCAUUGGGUACGACUUUGUGCCCGGAGUUCUGGACCGGACAGCACCGGACAUUUGGAUCAAAACAAACGACAGAGAUGCAUUCCGGCUUGCAAGAAGGCUUGUCAGGGAUGAGGGGAUACUCUGCGGUGGUUCAUCUGGAGCAGCCUUUGCUGGUUUGCUCCAAUACCUGAGCAUGCAUCCUGAAGACAAUGUGGAGGACAAAACAAUCGUUCUUAUAUUUCCAGACAGUCUCAGAAACUACCUGACCAAGUUUGCAGACGAUUCCUGGAUGGAGACUAAUGGGUUUGCCGGUGAAACAGAUUGA